AAUGAGUUGUAUGUAAACGUCAUUUCUCGGAGUCAUGGUUGUCCUGACAAUCACUAGGUGGAUUUGGGUUGCCCCCCCCCAACUCUGAAGGUCCCGCCUACCUACAGUCAGUCGGGCUGCUGACCGGUCUCCAUUUCGCAGCGGACACUCUCAGACAACGCAGAGCCGCUCUCCGGACGAGCCGCGCCCGCUGUAGGACCCUCCUGUUCCCCGCAACUUUUCUCUCUCUCUUUGUGCCUGGGUCAGGCUCUUUAUCCCCGCUGUAAGUAUGAGUGUAGCGGUGGCAGAGGGCUGCUUUCUGUCCGCUCUGCAGCCCAACUCGUCCUGCACCGCCUAUGGGCUUCCCUCGGACGGUAUGUCUCCGGCCAGGAGGGUCCGAGAGCAGGUCCGGAUGCGACUGGCUGAGAAGAAGUCCUCCUCCCUGCCCAGGCUGGACGACUCUCUGUUUGGAUCAACAGACUACAGCUUUCCUGAGGCAAAGAGCUUUUCCCACAGCCACGGUUUCAGUUCCAGAUCCAUGAUACACACACCCAGCCGCGUCAUGGCUAUGCCCACAGCACCCCUUCGCUCCCCCGGUUUCUCCUCUCGCUCCGCUGUGGAAAGCAGCUCCAAGGUGAGCCAUAAAGCCUCCAGCACGGCCCAGAGCAGCUUCCGCUCCUUCCAGUCACAGAGCAGAAGCAGACGCUCCAAGUCACUGUGCCAAGCAGACCAGGAGGCCCUUCCUCUCACCGUGCUGCCUCCUCCAGAGAACGGCUCCUACAUGAUCACGGUGCCUCCCUCUGGCACCCUAAGGCGCAGCCUCAGUGGGACACUGGCCCAGGACAGAGGCUGCUGGCAGGCCGAGGAGCUGCCGUGUCAGUACACCUACAAAGGCCCGUCCCACCGCACCAUCAGCAGAAUCACCAACCGACAGCAGCAGCAGCAGCAGCAGAGCUCUGCCUUUGGCCAGGAGGGCUGGGUGGGGACUUGCAGGGGCGUCCCCAUGGCAGGGGACGGCUGGGGGACACAGUGGCAGCAGCAUGUGUCCAGGGCCAACCAUGCCAUGGGGACGGGCCAGUACCAAGCCCCGCUCCACCGGGCCGCCUCGCUCCGCAGUGUGAGGAGUGUCGGGAAAGGUGUGGAUAUCUUGGAUGGAGCGUCGAUACACAGCAACGACCCACUGGAAGAUAUGCAGAGUCUGGACAUGGCUACAGCUGUCAGAUAUCUGUCUGAGUCCGAUGAUGCCUUGCAAGUUCUGGGAGCUGCAUACAUACAACACCAGUGUUACCAUAGCAAUGAUGCCAAAAACCAGGUCCAUGCUCUGCAUGGCGUCCCAGCUCUUGUUCAGCUUUUCUCCAGUGACAGCCUAGAAGUGCAGCGCUUUGCCACCGGCGCCACGCGGAACCUCAUCUAUGAGAAUGCUCAGAACAAGGCGGCACUCAUCGACGCCGGCGGAGUGAUGCGUCUGGUCAGCAUCCUGAGCAAACCCGACGAGGAGCUUCGAAAGACCAUCACAGGUGUCCUGUGGAAUCUGUCCUCCAGAGACAACCUGAAGGAGAAGCUGUCCAAAGAAGCUUUAUCAGAGCUGACAGAGAACAUACUCAUCCCUCUGUGCAGCAGCAUGCCACUCAGCCCGUCUGAGAAAGACAUCUUCUACAACACCAGCGGCUGCCUCAGGAACUUGAGCUCAGUGAAUGAGAGGACGAGACAGAAGAUGAGAGACACGCGAGGCCUGGUGGACUCUCUGGUGUCCUACAUUCAACAAGCGGACAGGGCAGAUGACAAGGGUUUGGAGAAUUCAUUGUGUGUGAUGAGGAAUCUGUCCUACCAGCUGUACACAGAGCUUCCUCCCUCGGUUCGACACCGUCUGGAGGGCCCGACGAGAGCCUCCGCCUCCAGGGACAGUGAGGCCAUCGGCUGCUUUACUCUGUAUAACAAAAAGCACACUGAGCGUAACCAGAAUCUGUCCAUAUUGUCUGAGGUGUCCCGACAACCUAAGGCCUCUGAGUGGCUGUGGCACCCUAAUGUGGUGGCGCUCUACAAGCUCGUUCUGCAGAACAGCGACAGCAGCUCCACCAGCCGCGAGGCUGCCAUAGGUGCCCUGCAAAAUAUCACUGCAGGGGAGGCCAGGUGGUCAUCGGUACUGAGUGGUGUGGUCGUGGAGCAGGAGAGGAUGCUGCCCAUCCUGCUGGAUCUGUUAGACACCAACAGUGACAUGGAGCUGAGGUCUCUGACUGGCCUGCUGAGAAAUCUGGCCAGACACUCCACCAACAAAGACCACAUGGCUAAGAGCAUGGUGAACAUUCUGGUGACCAAGCUGCCCAGUGAUGGCCUGCAGAAAACACCAUCCAGCGAGGUGGUGGUCAACAUCUGUGGAGCCCUCAAUCACCUGGUCACCGGCAGUUCCUUGGCAGCCCGUGACAUCUCAUAUUUCAACGGCUUGCCCAAACUGUUGGGCAUCAAGACAUCCCAUGAUAACAGCUCUGGGAGUCUAAAAGCCGCCAGAGCAGCCUCCACUGUCCUCUGCAACAUGUUCCAUUACAACAAACUGCACAAGGACUACAAACUGAAAGGAUUUGCCAGACGAGACUUCACAGAUGCCGCCAUCUAGGCUGCAGCACAUUACGUGAUUCACCCUGAGCUUUCGACCUCAGGAUCAAGGUUGCUGGGAGGAAAAAGACGAGGAACGACAGUUGGAUUCACUGAGCAGAUUAUCUUACUGUGACGGACUUACAGGAAGAGAAAAAUGGACUGGAGCCAAUGGACUUAAAGCGUGUCCUCUUUCAGGUGGCUGGCUGUGUGUUUAACUUGGCUUAGCUUAAACUAGAUAGCCUGUGAUGAUGGGAAUUUAACGGUUUCAACACACACAGUGGACUUCACCCCCAAAUAUACCAUAUGCUCUUUGACUGAUAUACUGAUAUGUUGUUUUGACACUGAUUCCAAUUUAUUUUAAACUAAUGUUCUUUAUAGCUGAUAUAUGAUGCCCACAUUAGAGAGAGAGAGAGAGAGAGAGAGAGAGAGAGAGAGAGAGAGAGAGAGAGGCUUAAAGACAUAGCAAUGUCGGUCAGUCAGUCCACCCUUAGGUCCAGACUAGGGUGACCAGACUUCCCUGUUUCCCGGGGACAGUCCCCGGUUUUGGUGGCGUGUCCCCAGUUGGAGUUCUUUCCUUGGAAACAUCCCCGUUUUUAACUACUGUGUGUUAUAAACAGGCCGAAAAGUGAAAUGAUAUCUUAUGUGGCAAGACUGGGCAGCAGAUCCUACCGGUUGACAUCUUAAUCGCGCUGUGCUUGUUUUUUAAAACAGUUACCAUGGUCAAAAUACAUGAAACCAGAAUUGUCCCCCUAUUUAUUUUAUAGAUAAUAACAUUGGAUAUUUCAAUUAUACUGUAUAUUGACCAUACUAGGAAAGGCCCCCCAUUUUCAUUUCAGAAAUCUGGUCACCUUAGUCCAGACUGGAGAGUCUCGACAACUGUUGGAUGGAUUGCCAGUUUCCCGGCCUGAAUCAUUAUCCCAGGCUUUAGUGAUGAUCAGGGUAAAAUAUGAAUGUGUCUAAUACUUUGGUUUAUGAUCAAAUACCUGCAAAACUAAUGACAUUCCCAUCAGCCUCAGCUGCACUUUGUGUUAAGUGCUAAUUAGCAAAUCUUAGUAUACUAACAUGCUAAGCUAAGAUGAUGAGCAUGCUAAACCUUUUCUGCUAAAUAUCAGCAUGUUUGCAUGCUAAUGUAAGCAUUUAGCUCAAAGCACCAAUGCUAAUACACACCAACGGCUUCACAGAGUAGCUAGCGUGGCUGUUUGUAGUCUUUUUAACAAACAAAUGUCAGACGUAUUUUUCUCUCAGAUGUUAACCAUCAGAGUUGGGCGGUAGCCAUUUUCGUUAACAGUCAACCCAUUCUCACUCCAAACUCGUAAAAUAAGGACGUUUGGACAGUGGCUGUCAGUGGUUGUCAGUAGCUGUCAGCGUCUGACGCGACGAAAAAGGCAUCUUUCAGCGUGUUUGUAUAACGCACCGGGGAGAGCAGCAGUUAGAUGGGGUUUAGCGAGUAGUAUGUAAGGAUGAAAUUCUGCAUAAGGAGGUCGAUUGGGGUGGUGGAUGGGUCAAACACGGGACUUUCACCCAGAAGACCGGGGUUUGCGUCCCGCUUGUCACGUUUCCUAAAGUGGCUUUUUUCUUUAACUGACCCGUUGUUCCCGCAUCACGGAACCGUAUGCCCACCCACGACCCUUUCCUAAACCCAGCCGACCCGUUGUUCCCGCGUGUCACGGAACCGUAAGCCCAACCAUGACCUUUUCCUUAACAUAACUGCGUCAAAAGGGAUGGCAAUAGUCCCGACCAAGCGCUUUUACUUAAAGCUCAAAAGGGACGGCAAUAGUCCCGACCAAGCGCGCUUACUUAAAGCGCUAAAGGACUUUUAGCGUCAAUAAGAACGACAAAGGCACCUGACCAAGCGUCCAUAUUUUACGAGAUGGGUGUGAGAACCUGUUGCAACAGUCCAAAAAGCGAACAAAUUAGCAGUUAGAGGAGUUUAUCAAGCAGCUCCAGAUUUCAUUUAAGUUUAGAUAUCAGCCAUUCAUAUCUUGUUCAUUUGAGAUUUUGCAUUCGUUUGAUUUGUUUUACUUUUGUAUCUGUCCUGAGAAUGAAAAUGCUCUUAGAAAUGAAUGCAUUUAAUUAUCAUUUCAUAAAAGAAUAAAUGAGAAGACAGCAUGAGAGGCCACCAUGGCAGUCUAAGAAAGGACUACUCUUCACCAAACAUCAAAUUAUUGGCCAAACAACUGUUUGCAAUUAACCUGUCUUCACAAUACAGUGUGUUGUGCUCAUAAUGAAGUAAAUUGUCCCCUUUAAAAAAAUAUACUGUAUGUGCUGAGGAAUAUCAUCAAAGAUUGGAGAAAAUAGUGUGUUAUUUAAGAAAAAAAAAUGGAUACUCUUACUCUGCCCUAUAUAAUCUAUCUAGUCAAACAAAAUUUACUUUACAGUAAAAGGAUACCCUGAGCCUCACAAUAGUGUCUGCUGAGAGGCCAGCAGGAGCCAAGGAGGGGGAUUUCUCUUGAAGGCCGUGUGGGGGAGAGUGUAACCUUCGGACCUGGAGUUUAUCACAUGGAGGAAACUGAGGCAGACCAGCAGCAGAUGGAGGAAGGGAGGGGCUCAGACAGAAUAAAAAGGCUUGGUUCUGCAGUGGGAACAACUGGAGAGAGGGGCUUCAACAAAAAGACCACCCAUCCCCUGAAACAGGGAAGCAGUGCAUAUAAGAGUUCUAUAAAGUGAAAUGAUCUGCAUUUUUGUGCAGCUGAAUUUGUACAUCCAUUCUCUCCCCCUCAGAUUGCAGGACAUUGAGCAUGUUAAGCUGCACAGAGCAGAUGUGAACAAUAAGUUAGAUCAGGGAGAACUGCAUCGUUAUGGAGUAUGUAAUUGUUUUAAAUGUGUUCCCUGUUCUUCCUUAUACUCCAUUUUUGAUCAUGUUUAUUAAUGAUCAUAAUAAAUAUUAGCAUUAUUAAUA